AUGAGCCAUGGUGUGGCGGUCAGCACGGAGGUGGUUCAGAUUUCCUUGCAGCGCCACAGGAGGCCUACGGAAAGGAGAUGGCCAGCAAAGACCUGGCUCCUGCCAGGCUUCUCCUGGGGCCCUCCGUGGCAGUGGCAGCCAAAGAUCUGGCAGCCGCAGGCGCGGCGCCCAACGAGCUCCUUACGAAGAGUUCAUUUGCAGGACUUGGGUGACCUGCAGUACAUAGCAGAAGUCUCGAUUGGCUCCAGUUCUAGCACGUUUCGCUUGAUACUGGACACGGGCUCCUCAGAUCUUUGGGUGUCCGGGGAGCAGUUCAUACCAUCGCUCUCAGACACAUGGACCCCGCUGCCGCAAGCUGGUCUAGUGAAGCUGGACUACGGGCAGGGAGAAGUGGAAGGAAUCGUUGGUGUGGACAAAGCCUGCUUGCUGGCUAAGCCGGUUCCUCUCUGCGUCGAGCAGGAGUUUCUGGUGGCGAAGCAGGUGAGUGACUUGAGCCUCAACACCUUUGAUGGCAUCUUGGGACUCGGCUUGCCCGGCCUGUCCCACGCCAACCAGGACUUUGUCCAGUCCCUGGCGCGGAGCUAUCGCGAGGUGCAGUGCUUCUCCUUUUCGCUGAAUCGAGAGGACAGCAAGUCAUUUGCACUGUUCGGGCCUUGUGCAAAGCUUCUUCGCAAGGCCGCCAAAGAGACGCACCUACCAGAGGAGCAAGCAGCUCUUCUGAGUGUUCAGCGGCUUUUCGGGUUCGCGAGAGGCUGGUGGCUGGUGUCGCUGGCGAUUUCCUGCGACGGAACCAGAAUUUGGCAGGGCCCGGAUAUGUACUCCAUCUGCGGGCUGGAAGUGGCCGCCUUGCUCUUGCUGUCCCUCUACCCGGGCAGGAGGAGCUCCCGUGGCCAAUCAUCAGACUGCAGGAAGCGCGUUUGCAACGCCUGCUUUGCGCUGUGUAGCUUCUUCCAGGCCUUGGUCUUGAUGCUGCUGCUGAUUGCCCUCCUUGUGCUUCUGGCUCCUAUGGUGGUCAACGCGUUUCAGUCUAAGGUUCUUGUUGCCUUAGACACUGGAACAUCGCUGAUAGUCAUCCCGACAGAGAACUUCCAGCAGGUGGCGGACGCCAUGUUCGGGCUCCGUCUGAGAGACAGCUGCGUCCUCUCCAACAGCGAGCUGCUUUGCGCCUGCGAAGUCGCGGCGGAGGCCAAGGCGUUGGACUUUCACUUGGGCGAUGUGAGACUGAGUCUGCAUCCUCUUCAGAUGUUUGCGAAUGUGAAUGCCGAAAUCCUCGGAGAUCAGCCUGCCUGCCGAUCUGGCUUGGCCACGCAAGACCUCCGCUUCUGGAUCCUGGGCGACGUCUUUCUGAGUCGGUCAGCUCCGCGGGGCGUCCGCUCCAUGCGAGUCCUGCGCUCUGAGCCCAAAGAGAAGCGCUGCGCUGUCCGGCGCUGGCCCUCGGCGACAGGCCGAGGCCUCCGCAUCCUCAUCUAUGGGGACAGCUUGACGGCUGGGGCGCCCAGCAUGGUGCCCUUCGCCCAGGAGCUGCACCGAGCGCUCGAAGGCGGCGCCGGCGCCGAAAGCUGCGAGGUGGAGACCACGGCCUGCGGGCUCUGCGCCUCUACGGCGCUGCAGAUGCUGGCGGUGCUGGAGGAGCCCUAUGUGGUAGAUGCUCUUGGUGGCAGCUGGGGCUCAGGGCUUGUCCAUCUGGCUAAAGAGGCGAGCUUAGCGAUCAUCAUGGCUGGCACCAAUGAUCUGGCCUCGCCUGCGCCGGCCGGCGACGUUUCAAAGGCCAUACAGGGAAUGCAUGUGGCUUGCCAUCGCGUCGGAGUACCUACGGUGGCUUUAGGUGUUCCAGAUGCUGGUGGUCGGUUCAUUCGGCGACUUGGGCAGGCACUGCCCACCAAGCGCCGUGCUGUGAACGCAGCGCUGGCAGUAUGGGCACGGGAGGGAUUCGAAGAUGGGACGCGCCCAGAACUCUUCAUCAACACGUCAGCCCUACUGCCUCACGGUCCCAGGAGCAGACGCGCCGGGCACUGGGAGCGCGACGGCGUCCACUUCACCGCGCAAGGCGCGGAAGCUUUGGGCGCGCGCCUGGCGCGGAUUCUGCGGCCGCUGGUUCAAAGGCGGGACGCUGAAGCUUUGGGCAGGUUCCAAGGAACCCGCGGGUAGGGCUCUUAAAAUUCAUGUUCUGGCAGGUGUGGCAUUUAAGGCUGUUGGGUUGUUUGUUGCGGAUGGUUUGCUGUCAGGGGUAAUGGGGAAGUUGGAUGGCUGGGAAUAGCUGGCAAGGCUUUUUGGAGGAACACAUGCUGGUUGCAAACAAAAAGAAGCUGACUGUGAUUCGUUUGUGAAGCAGGGCGGAGCACAGGCCCUGCCCUGGCUGGCUGCGGCAGCAAACGCCAUGGUGGUGUGGUUGGCUACCAGCAAAGCGGAAAUCCUUGCUGGCCAAUGGCAAGGCAGCGAGCAGGCCUUCAGCAGAUGACAUGUUUAUCAGUUUAUCGUUGCAAUGACAGUUGCUGGUCCCCGUAGGCUAGAAGCGGACGCCUUGGUCAAGACCGCCGCUGACGGGCCCAUCCCAUCUCUUGAUGCUUUCCUGGAGGCGUUGGAUUUGGACGAGGCUGAGCCGGCAGAGCCCGAAGCCUACUGCAUGGACCUUGCGGGAGAAGCGGCUGAGACCAUUCAGUCCUACUUCAGAUUGCGCAAGCUUG